AUGCAAGCACUGGAAGGAAGGUGUUCAACGCGAUCGAAUGUUGCCAAGGAAUAUGCAAAUCAUAUUAGUGAAUUCACUACUACGCUGAAAUGCUUUCUGAUUGAUCAGCUGAAUAAAAAGCUUGAAGAAUUGAAUGAACCAGAUCGUUUACUCAUUUCAAGACUCAAAAGGGCUUUAUGUGAGCUUGGGGAUCAACAAUCAACAGUGCUUAGUAGACCAACAGUUUAUCAUUUGCCAUCUCCAUCUAGACCAGCUCAUCGCGUUUGGACAAUGUGCACCAAGGAUCCACAAGGCUUAGAAAAAUUGAUUAACGACGUAUGCGCAAUGGCUGGCAUUCCUUAUAAGGAGAAAGAGAUAGAAGAGAAGCCUUGCGAUGUACGAUUCAGUGCGUUACCGCCAUCGUUAUGGAAUCUGAAUGCAUGUGCUAACUCUUUAUUGGAGCAGAACGAAGUCGAUGAAACUGCAGUUGCCAGACAGCAACAAAAUACACGACAUUUUAAUAGUAUGUCAAGCAUUAAUGGCUAUCCACUCUAUAAAUCAUCAUCGUCGAUUGCCACCUCAUCACAUCUCUCCAGUCCAUCAUUACCAUCACCAAUAACAACAAUUCAUCAGCAGCAACAAACCCAAUUCAAUAUCGUUCAACCAACAAACGAUGUCGAUAAUUAUUCCACAUUAUAUAACUCAUCAACAUCAUUCUUGCGUAAAGCAUUUCUCAGUAAUGGACAUUUACCGUCAUCUAAUCUCAGUUCUUUCAAUAGCGCACAACCUCAGACUCAACAACCUGUUGAAGCCAAUGUUCAUGUAUUACGUCGCUCAUCGUUUCGUGAACGUUCGUUGCCGAGUGAAUCAGAUUCAAGCGUUGUUUUGAAAGAUGACAGCUUCAACAUAUCGAAUCCUCUUUCAAUCGCAGAUUCGACCUGUCCAUCAGUUGCGUCAUCGAUACCGCCAUGCCCUAGCGCCAAUGCUAACACAUCGUUUGACAGCCAACAGUCAAGAGCGUUGAGCGAAGAAACCAAUUUUUCGAGUUGUGACCCAUCGUCCUCGUCAACAACGACAAUCAUUGUUAAUGAGCAUAAUGUUGAUCAAUUCUAUCAUCAUUUCGGUGAAAAUUAUUUAACUCGUCCAAUUGAUGUAAUCGCGUUACCAGUCUUUAAUAAUGAACAACAACGAUUAGCUGUUUCUGAUAGUUGUGGAGGUGUUUAUAUAACAACAACGUCCGGUAAAAUCUUAAAGCAGUUGCCGAUAAAAAACAGUUCAGCAUCGUCGUUAGCUAUCGAUCUUUGUAAUGUACGUUUACUGGUGAGUGUUAUGCAUGCAAAAGGAAGGACAAUCCAUAUAUUCGAUAUAAAAGAUGAUUUUCAUCAUAUCGAGACUAUCCCAUGUCCAAAGGAACCGAAAAUUGAGUUGAGUAGAACAAGAUGGAUUACCGUAAGUCCACGUGGUGAAAUAUUUGUUGUAUCCGGCGAUAACAACAAAUCAGCGAUUUGGAUGUACAAUAGAUCAAGAAAAGGCUGGAAAACGUUGAAGGACUCACGCAAAACGCGCUAUCAGUAUUUAUGUGUAGCAGAAGAUCAAGCUGAAUACAGGUUAUGCGUUUGUAUUAAUUAUGCUUCUUGUGAAGUGAUUAUUUGUCGAGUGGAUGAAAAGGCAGUCGUACUGUUGACAUGUGACGCUUCACAAAAUCGCUUAUUACUUUUUGUUGUUGAUCAUUCUGGUACAUUAAUAAAUGAAUAUGAUCUAACGAAAACGUAUCAUCUCAAUGAACAUAUCGGCAAUCCAGCAAGUGCACUUGUUGAUGAGUUGGGUAAUCUGAUAGUUUUGGAUUACGCAUCCGGUCGAUUAUGGAUAUUAUUAAGUGGUGUCAAAGGAGUACGUCGCCUCAAAGAAAUCAUAUUCCCACGUCCUUUAGGAACACAACAGGCACUCGGUAUUGCAGUGUGUAACGAUUGGGUGUACGUGACAUGCUUCAAUCGACGUGAAGUGGUGUCGGUUCGAUACCUGUAUGAUGGUACAUUCUUUAACGCAUUUCCGUUAUCAUCCUCUCAAAAUCAGCACUCAUCAUCAGGUGAACAACGUCGAGCAAUUUCUUUACCAAGACCAUCGUCAUCUUCAGUUCGUUUAUGA